AUUCCAAGUUCCAACACAUUCUUCUUCUUGUUCAUAAAUCCUUUCUUUCGUGUAUCUUUUGCUAAUUUACAUAUGGAAUUUGUUCAUAAAUUCCAACACAUUCUUCUUCUUGUUCUUAAAUUAUUCCAACCCAUCUUAAAAGAAACCCAAUACUCCCCUUCCCCAACAGCAAUCACCAGCAGCACUGGUACGAAAUCAGCUUCUUGUGACGACUGCAACCGCGGCGGAGAAUCGUCAUUCUGUGCAACACUUGGGAUGAAGGAGGUGCCAAAGAGCGAGUCCGAGCAGCUAAGGCUGUCUUGGCUACGCUCUCAAGUCGUCGGUGCUGCUGCAGAAUUCAGUUCUCCUUUCGGGAGACGAAGACUCAUCUACGCCGAUCACACUGCCUCCGGACGCUCUCUUCUCUACAUCGAAAACUUCAUCGUCAAAAAUGUCCUUCCCUUUUACGGGAAUACUCACACCUGUGACAGCUUCGUCGGAAACCGGACGACGAAAAUGGUGGGAGAAGCAGUCAAGUACUUGAAGAAAUGCUUAGGGGUUGGAGCGGAUGAUGCACUCUUGCUGUGCGGCCAAGGCACUACCUCAGCAAUCAAAAGGCUCCAAGAAGUGAUGGGCAUUGCCGUGCCAUCAACCCUAAGAGAUAGAAUGCUGGGCAGUGAUUUAAUAGGCAUGGAAUGUAAGAUUAGUUUAAUACAUAACUGA